AAUUUAAUCAAAUUUUGGUUUGACGUCCGCUUGAACAUCUCUCUCUCUCUCUCUCUCUCUCUCUCUCUCUCUCUCGCUCUCUCAAAAUCUAAGCAUAGAUAGAUACAGCACAGAACUAACAGCAAAACCUUCUAGUCUUUAUCUUACUUUGUAUCACUUGUAGACUUACAACUGCAACUCAUAUUAUACAUAUAAUCCUUAAAUAUAUUGUUUGUGUAUGUAAUUAAUUCAAACCAAGAAAAGGGGUGUUGCAUAUAAAUGUGUUAGUUUGUGUAUGAGACUGACAUAUACUAAUUUGAGUUGGGGGUGUGUUUUGAAUCAAUCUCUGUGGAUUUUAUUGAAGAUGGUAGUGUGGAGUUUGCCUUUUUGUAUCUAGUGGUGAAUCCGAAACAUGGUGCCUUCAGGGCCUCCUACUCCAAAUGGUGGUGGGGGGCAGUCUAUUCCACCGUCGCUCUUGAGGUCGAAUUCUGCUCUCAUGGGUGGUCAAGGGGGUUCUGUUAAUUCUCCUCAGAACGGUUUUAAUAUGCAGCAGCGCAAUCAAUUCAACAGCAUGAAUAUGUUGGGUAAUGGGGCGAAUGUUUCGUCCCUCCUCCAUCAGACUUUUGGAAAUGGUGGUCCAACUGCCGCUCUUUCUGGCCCAGGGAGUUCGCAGCGUGGAGUAAUUGAUAAUGGGGCCGAGUCGGAUCAACUUUCUAGUGUUGGAAAUGGAAUGGGUUUCAAUCCCCAUUCCUCAUCAUAUUCAGUGUCAAAUAUGGGAAAUCCUAAUAACCCUGCUCAACUUCAUCCAAAUAAUUCCGUUCAAGUUCAGGGACAACAAUUUGCCAACCCUUCAGGCAACCAGAUGUUUCAUGAUCAACAAGGUCAACAACUUGAAUCUCAGAACUUCCAACACAAUCAGCAGGUUUUGCAACAGUUUCAUGCCCCCAACAGUAUUCAUCAGCAACAGCAGGUACAGUAUCAAUCUGUUCGAGGUGGAAUGGGUGGAAUUGGACCUGUCAAGUUGGAGCCACAAAUGACCAUUGAUCAACAUGGACAAUCAUCACUGCAGUUGCAAUCUAUGCGAAAUCUAGGUGGUGUGAAAUUGGAAUCUCAACAAAUGCAGACUAUGCGAAGUUUGGCUCCUAUAAAGAUAGAGGGCCAACACUCUGAUCAGUCGUAUAUGCACCCACAGCAGCAGCAGCAAUUGCUUCAAAUGCCCAGACAGCCACCCCAGGCUGCCCAGAUGAAUCUAUUGCAUCAGCAGAGACUUAUGCAGCAGCAGCAGCAGCAGCAGCAACUCCUCAAAGCAAAUGCCCAGCAAAGAUCCCUUUUGCAAUCUCAAUUCCAGCCACAAAAUGUGCCUUCAAAACCAGUAUAUGAACCGGGAACGUGUGCCAGGCGACUUACACAUUAUAUGUAUCAACAACAACACAGACCUGAGGACAAUAAUAUUGAGUUCUGGAGGAAAUUUGUUGCGGAAUAUUUUACUCCAAAUGCCAAGAAAAAAUGGUGUGUUUCAUUGUAUGGAAAUGGUCGCCAAACUACAGGAGUUUUUCCCCAGGAUGUCUGGCACUGUGAAAUAUGUAACCGCAAACCUGGCCGUGGUUUUGAGGCCACAGCCGAUGUUCUACCUAGGCUUUUCAAGAUGAAGUACGAGAGUGGUACUCUAGAAGAACUUCUUUAUGUUGACAUGCCUCGUGAGUACCAUAAUUCAUCUGGUCAGAUUGUCCUCGACUAUGCAAAAGCCAUCCAAACAAGUGUGUUUGAGCAACUCCGUGUUGUCCGUGAUGGACAAUUGCGGCUAGUUUUUUCUUCUGACCUAAAGAUAUGCUCUUGGGAAUUUUGUGCUCGGCAUCACGAAGAGGUUAUCCCUCGAAGACUCUUAAUACCACAGGUUAGUCAGCUUGGGGCUGCUGCUCAAAAGUAUCAGGCUGCUACUCAAAAUGCAUCAGCUAAUUCUGUUCCAGAAUUGCAAAAUAAUUGUAACAUGUUUGUUGCAUCAGCUCGUCAAUUGGCAAAAGCUUUGGAGGUACCUCUGGUAAAUGAUUUAGGGUAUACUAAGCGAUAUGUACGGUGUCUUCAGAUAUCAGAAGUGGUUAACAGCAUGAGAGAUUUGAUUCAAUACAGCAUAAACAAUGGGAUUGGACCUAUGGAGAGCCUGGUCAAGUUCCCUCGUAGAACAGGUACCUCAUCAGGAUCUCAUGCUCAGACCCAGCAACCUGAGCAACUACUGCAACAGCAAACAGUCGCCCAGAACUCCAAUAACGUGGACUCUGUCCAGGCUACUAUUAUGCAAAUGUCUUCUAUCAACAAUGGUAUACAGAGCGUAAAUAACUCUCUAAACUCAGCACCUGCUACUUCUUCUACCAGUACCAUUGCUGGCCUUCUAAAUCAGAACUCAAUGAAUUCUAGACAACAAAACCCAGUGCAUAGUGCAAACAGUCCAUAUGGUGGAGGUGGAUCUCAGAUUCCUUCUCCUGGUUCCUCUGCUACUAUUCCGCAAGUUCAGUCCAACCAUUCUCCUUUCCAGUCACUAACCCCAUCCGCAACUAAUAAUCCCUCACAAACUUCUCAUAAUGGAUUGACAGCUUCAGCACAAACGAAUACUGUGAAUUCACCAAACAUUUCUGUGCAACAGCCUGCUGUUUCGGGUGAUCCUGACCCCAAUGAUUCACAGAGCUCUGUCCAGAAAAUAAUAAGUGAUAUAAUGAUGUCUUCUCAACAUGGUGGUACUGGUAUGGCAGGUGGGGGUUCAUUGGGAAAUGAGAUGAAAAAUGUGAACAGAUUAUUAAAUUCAAGCAAUAACGCUAGCCUCGGUGGUGGUAACAGCCUUGCGGAAAAUGGAAUGGUCAAUGGCAAUACAGGUGUUGGGGUUUCUGGGUUUGCAAACAUGGGCAAUGGACUUGGAAGCCGAGCUGCAAUGCUCCUUAAUUCUGCCAGCAUGAAUGGGAGGGUAGGAAUGACAGCGAAUCGAGAUCAGAAUGUUACUAAUCAUCAGCAACAGGAUAUGAGUACUCUUAAUGGUCUUGGAGCAGUUAAUGGUUUCAAUGGUCUGCAAUUUGACUGGAAACCAUCUCCGUAAAGUUUUAUGUAGAUUGUGUCUGAAUGCUGUUAUACACAGCUCUGCUUAUGCAGCAGAGAAAUAUUUAGAUAGGUGAACGGUUUUAGGGCUUCCCCUGGCACUAUGUCUAGUUUUAGAGAGAAGGAAAACAUAUAGCCGUGUUUGGUGAUUAAGAUUAGAUAUACAUCGAGUUGAUCUUUUUGUC